GCUGAAACAUUUAUGAAAACCCAAUUACUCUCCUUGUAGGCCUAUGGAAACGGCUAAAAUACUUAUGAAGACCCAAUUACUCUCCUUUUAGGCCUAUGGAAACGGCUAAAACAUUUAUGAAAACCCAAUUACUCCUUGUAGGCCUAUGGAAAUGGCUAAAAUACUUAUGAAGACACAAUUACUCUCCUUUUAGGCCUAUGGAAACGUCUAAAAUACUCAUGAGCAAGAGCCUAUGGAAACGGCUUAAAUACUUAUGAAAACCUAAUUACUUCUCUUAGGCCUAUGGAAAUGGUUGACGUAAGAGGCGGAAGAUUCUGAAAACACCAACUCAAGAUUUACAGAGAUGAACAAAACUGGAGGAGGAAGAGAAGGCAAUGAAGAAGGAAGAGGAGGAGGAGGAGGAGGAGGAGGGGGAGGAACAAGGGAAACUGGGGGUAGCGGAGGUGAAGAAACUAACCCAGGGAGCCACAGGGGGAAGAGAGAUGUAGGGGGAUGUGACACAGUGCCCCCUGCCAGCACCCCUGAGGCAUACCAAGGCCACACCCAUACCCACCUAGGAGCCACAGGGGAGGGUGUGGCCGCAAGCGCUGUCGGACUUGUCACAUCUCUCGGAUAUCUGACAGGGGCCACAUCUUCCGCCUCCCCCAGUGCACGAACCACAUACCCACAGGGGGAGAUUGGCGUCGAGGGGGGUAGUGUGGCCUCGAUCCCACCCAAUAUGGCCGCCUACCCCAUACCCCAGGCCGGAGGGGGCGGUGGGGGGUAUUACUACUCCCCGAUUCUUAAUUCCCAACAGUCGCUUCUCCGCCCGAUCAUGACAGCGCAGCCCCCCCUCUAUUCCCCCCUCCUGGCCCCCCCUCCCCCUCCUCCUCCUCCUCCACCCCCGUCACAGCACCCCCAUCACCCCCCGCCGCUGCCCCCGCCCCCUCCACCCCCUGCCUCAUACCCCAUACCACCCCAUGCGUCGCCCUCGGCAGGCUCAUCCUACUUCGCCAACCUCGGGGAGAGCAUGCGGGGCGGCCUAGCGGAGGUAGUGGCAGAGAGCAGCGGGGCGGGGCGGCAAUGCUGGGAGGACACCCGCCCCGCCCCGGACCAGCGGCCAUUCGACGACUACUCACGCAUGGGGGUGUACGGGACGGAGGACGGUGUAGCGGGGCGAAGCUGGGAGGGGAUGAGUGCAUGCGGGGUGGCCAUCGGGGGCGGGUCAGCGUCCACCCCGCCCCGCCCUGGUGCCGCACACAACCCCAUGGCUCACCCUUAUACAUACUCCUACACAGACUGUCGCCUCGAAGCAAGCUGGAACAAAUGCAUGGUCACAGGUGGUGUAGGAGGAGCAGGUGGUACUGGGGAGGCGUUCACAGGGGGGGACCAGCAAGUUGAAGCCCCCCAGGGUAAGACGAGACCCCCAGGACACUCCCUCCAGGUUACGAUGGGUGUGGUCGACCCCGUAAUUCCUCCACCCAUCACCCCGGCAAUGCCCCGGUCACACUAUGAGUACCAGCCUAUCCCCGGGGCGCCGUUUCUUCCGUAUUUUGCCCCGUUGAACUACCAGCAGGACCCCCGUGCUGACCCCCGCCCUCCCCAGCGCCCCGACCCCAUGGAAUGUGGUGGUGGUGGUGGUGGUGGCAUCAGUGGUAGUGACAGUGGUGGAGGUGGAGGUGGAGGUGAAAGCAGUGGUGGUGGUGGAGGUGGAGGAAAUGGGGAGAAAAUACCUACAUCAUCUCUUCUCCUCCCUCCACAAGCAGCUCUUCCUCUCCCCCACUCGGCUCCCUCCUCCUCCUCCUCCUCCUCUUCCUCAGCCUCCACAUCUUCCUCAUCUUCCACCACUCAGGCCCAGGCGCACCCACACACUCAUCCACACAGAACCACACACCACAACACUCACCCGCACUCAACCACACAGUCCGCCACUCACCCACACACAACCACACACAACGUCACCCAUCCGCGCACAACCACACAGCCCACCAGUCAUCCACAUUCAACCACACAGCCUUCCAGUCACCCACACACAACCACACACAAUGUCACCCAUCAGCACUCAACCUCACAGCCCACCAGUCAUCCACAUUCAACCACACAGCCUUCCAGUCACCCACACACAACCACACACAAUGUCACCCAUCAGCACUCAACCUCACAGCCCACCAGUCAUCCACACACAACCACACAGCCCACCACUCACCCACACACAACCACGCAGCAUACCACUCACCCACACACAACCACACACAACGCCACCCAUCCGCACACAACCACACAGCCCACCAGUCAUCCACACACAACCACACAGCAUACCACUCACCCACACACAACCACACAGCAUACCACUCACCCACACACAACCACACAGCAUACCACUCAUCCACACUCAACCACACAGCAUACCACUCACCCACACACAACCACACAGCCCACCGUUCACCCACACACAACCACACAGCCUGCCAGUCAUCCACAUACUACCACACAUCAAACCACACACCCGCACACCACCACGGGCCCCACCGCACACCCCCACACCAACCCCUCACAGCCCACGGCCCUCCCCCACGCAACCGGCCAGCUGGACUGCAUCUCGCAAGCUAAGACGGAGAUGAUUGAGGGAAGCUGCCAAAUGAGGUUCAAGAAGAAGGACCCAGAGAGCAGAAGUUCAUGCCAGGAGAGAGAGGAGGGAACACAACAACAGCAACAGGAGGGAGUGGUCUCAUCUCUGCCCUGCUCCUCCCAUGCCCUUCCGAUUCCUAAGGAAGUCAAUGUUUCAUCCUCGUACAAGAAGAAGAAUGGGAGGGACGAGACCAGCUUGACAGGAGGAGGAGGUGAGGAGGAGGAGGAGGAGGCGGGGGACGUGUGUCUGGUGUGUGACUCCCCCACCACCCCCGACGCUGCCGCCAACACCCUCACCACCACCACCACCACACACCACCAUGGGAGUGAGGCUGGUGGUGUGGUAGCCUGCCCCAUGGACUCUGUUAUCACGGUGGUGUCGAAGGUCAGUGUGGGCGACAAGCUGAGUGGCCUCUUGGGGGUGGUGCUGCCCCGACACCUCCUGCACACUACCACCAUCUGCGGCAAGUGCUUCCACCUAGUUAACGAGGUGGAUGUUUUGGAGCACCGCCUGGCACUCUACAGAAAGUACCUCAUCACCAAUGUGGAAGGAAACUGCGAGAAGCGUGGAAUCGGGUUGCCCACAAUCCACCGCCUCCAGCAACAACAGCAGAUGCAGCAACAACAACAACAACAGCAGCAGAACCACCACCAGAAUUACCACCACCACCACCAACAACAACAACAGCAACAACAACAGCACAUUCAACAACAGCAACAGCAACAACAGCAUAUGCAACAACACCAGCAGUACCACCAAUCACAGCAGGUCUACCACCACCACCUACCGCACCACCAGGAGGAUUUUAUGCAACACCACCAGAAUAUUCAGCACUAUAUGCCUAUGCAGCAGCUGUCCCUUCAUCACCACCAGCAACAACAACAACAAGACCAACAACAACAGCAUAAUAUCAUCCAUCAACAACAACAACAACAACAGGAACAAACACAGCAGCAACAACAGCCGCCGUCUCAACAACAACAACAACAACAUCACCACCACCACUACCACCACCACCACAACCUCCCACAGCACCAGACGCAGCCUCACAACACCACCGCCACCACCUCCACGGCAAGUCUACAUCACCUCCAGUCAGUCAACCAGUUAGACCAGCAAACGUCGCUCGCUAAACCGCCCAGUCAGAUCGAGGGACAGGAGGGUCAGAGUGCAGUCAGCCAGUCGGUCGCCCAGCAGGCAGUCGGUCAGCAGUCAGCCACGAAACCGGUCAGCAGUGAGAGUAAUAUGGUGUUUGUCGACUGUGAAAUUGAUAUUGAAGACUGUGACUGUAAUCUAAUUGGUGACGCUCCACAAGUGACUGUAUCUGGCGGCCCGCGACCCAGCGACUGCGAUACCCAGACCUGUCAGGAGCCUAUGGUAGAGGAGGAAGAGGAGGAGGAGGAGGAUGAAGACGAGGAGGAGGAGGAAGAAGAGGAGGAGGAGGAGGAAGAGGAGGAGGAGGAGCUUGAGGAAGAGGAGGAGGGAGAUGAGGAGGAGGAGGAGAAUAAGUUGGCAGUGUCAUCAGUGAGUGAGAGCAGUGUACCUUCCGAACCUCCUCCUCCUCCUCCUCUUCCUCCUCCUUCAGUAGCGCAGGAGGACAUGGAGACACAGCACAGACCACAGACCACAGCCUUGACACAGCCUUGCCCAGAGGAGGAGGCAGAGGCACAGGAGAGAAGCAAGGACCCAGAGCAAACAGAGGAGGAUUCCCAGCCUGAGGAGCCCCCUGCAAAGGACCCAGAGCCAGUGGAGGUGGAGGAGGAGGAGGAGGAAGAGGAGGAGUGCCCUAGAGUGGAGGAGGAUGCCACAGAAUACCACAAACCGACGUUACUGGCGAAGAACAUCAAGACAAAGAAACAUGCGAAGUUGCAAAUUUGCCGUCAGUGCGAUCAGGUCUUCAGCAACCGCCAGGCACUCGUAAGGCACAUUGAGCGCCGCCAUAAAGCCUACGCCUUCACCUUCACCUGCGACACGUGCCGUAAGAAGUUCAGCUCGGAGCGCGCCCUGGCCCGCCAUGUCCAGCAGCACAAGACAUACCCAUGCAAGCUCUGCGACAACAUCUUCCUGCGCAAGGCCAAGCUCAAGAAGCACCUUGAGGAGCACACCAAGGAGAGCCUGGCCUGCAAGGUGUGCGGGCGGGAGUGUGCGUCGCUGCAGGCUCUCAUCUCACACAUGAAGACGCACACCGCCGCCGCCGCCGCAGCCAAGACCCACACCUGCCACACCUGCCACAAGACCUUCGCCAGCAACAGGAAUCUUCAGGUGCACGCCCGUACGCACACCGGGGAGCGGCCCUUCACCUGCGACAACUGUGGGCGCGCGUUCAGCCACCGCAGCAACAUGCAGGCGCACCGUGACGCCUGCACCGGCCAGUACAGCCACCAGUGCCACAUAUGCGGCCGUGGCUUCCCCCUGGAGUCCCUGUACCGCCGCCACCUGGCCGAGCACGAGGGCCAUUAUGCGCACCGCUGCACCAUCUGCAAGAAGGGCUUCAGCAAGGCCUCGGGACUGCGCUCACACCUGUCCGUGCACAGCGCCCAGCGGCCAACCUUCCCCUGCCAGGUCUGCGGACACACCCUAGCCACGGCCUCGGGUCUGGCCGCCCACGUCGCCGGCCACGCGGGGAAGGGCCGGAAGCCGUGUCGAGUCUGUGGGAAGGUCCUGGCACGUGCCUCAGACCUCCGCGACCACCUGGACCGCCACGCCGGCACCCGCGCCCACCAGUGCCAGGUGUGCCAGGAGGCCUUCUACUACCGCUCCAACCUCAGCCACCACAUGCGCACCGCCCACCACCUCCGCCGCCCCCACGUCUGCGCCCUCUGCGGCCGCUCCUUCUCCUCCGCCUACAACCACAAGCUUCACCUCAGGACCCACAGCGGGGAGCGCCCACACCAGUGCAAGUCCUGCGGCAAGUCCUUCACCACCAAGGCAAACUACAACCGCCACCUCAAGUGCCAUGUCACCCAGGCCAUGACGCCCCUCAGUGCCGCGGGGGCCGAGUGAGUCUGCCGGGGACUGAGGCGGGCUGUGUGUAAGGCUCCUUGGGCUUGGCUGGGCUUGGGAGGAAAAAGAAAUGAGAAUGAAAGGAGGAAGAGGAAGGAACGAAAAAUUUAAAAGUGAAAAAAAUAAAAGGAGGAGGAAGAGGAAUGAAGAUGAAUAACUGGAAGAGGAGAAGAAGGAGGAGGGAAAGAGGAAUGAGAGAAGGAAGAGGAAGAAGAGAAGAUGAUAGGCAGACUGUGAUACUGAUAUGUGUGUGUGUGUGAGAGAGAGAGAGAAUUACCUAAGCCAACCAUAAGACUUCCAGCUGUAUCUAGUCAAUUAUUUAAUACUGUACAUAGCAAUAAGUUAAUUCUAGUAUAUUUAAAAACUUUAUAUAUAACUAUUUUAUACUGACAAUUAUAUUUUCAUGAAUAGAAACAGACUUUU